UGCUGAUCGAGCUCCCCGCCCCUAGAUUCCCAGCGCCUCCUCCCCAUUCCUCUCUCUCUCUAGCCUCUUCUUGUGGUGUUUGUGCGGCGCACGCAUGCCGCGCACACGGCCCCAACAGUGAGAGGGGGGGCUGGGCAGGGGAGGGACGCCGCCUGCGACUGCAAAGCUGUCAUCUUCUGCCCCCGGGCCUCGCCUCGCCCCUAAUAACAGUGGAGAUUCCCGCCUCCCCGCCCCCAAUUAUGGAUACCCGCGCGGGGAGGAGAAGAAGAUAGGAGGGGAGGACGAGGCGCGAGGCCGCGGCCAUUGCUCCGGCUCCAGGGCCAUAGCUUCUCCUGUCCAUCACAUCUGUCAACUGUUCGGCACAAUGAGGCCUUCAGAUGACAGGAUGCAGCUCUCAGGUUUGACGCAGUCGGAAGAGUCGUCGCUUGACGUGGAGGGGCAUUGCUCUCACCACGAGGCAUUUCCUUGUUCUCCAUCGAUGCAACCGGUUGCUUCUGGGUGCGUGCACACAGAAAAUAGCGCGGCAUACUUCUUAUGGCCGACUUCAAACCUGCAGCAUUGUGCGGCGGAGGGACGGGCAAACUACUUUGGGAACCUCCAGAAAGGAUUGCUGCCGAUACUCCCUGGAAAGUUGCCCAAGGGUCAGCAAGCAAAUAGCUUGCUCGACUUGAUGACCAUAAGAGCUUUCCACAGCAAGAUAUUGAAGCGUUUCAGUCUCGGGACCGCAGUGGGCUUCCGCAUAACAAAAGGGGUUCUCACAGAAACCCCCGCCAUUCUUGUCUUCGUUGCUCGAAAGGUUCACAAGAAAUGGCUUAAUCCGAACCAAUGCCUUCCUGCGAUUCUUGCGGGUCCAGGAGGUGUUUGGUGUGAUGUCGAUGUCGUAGAAUUUUCAUACUAUGGUGCACCGGCUCAAACACCUAAAGAACAGAUGUUUAGUGAGCUUGUUAAUAAGCUGUGUGGCAGUGACGAAUAUAUUGGUUCAGGCUCUCAGGUUCAUACAUCUAUGCUCUUAUCUGUAUUGGUUUGCAUUGCCUAGAUAUCAUCUUCUUUAAGCAGUGAAUGCUGCCAUGUGUAUAAAUUGGAUUGAGCACAGACAUGCACUGCUAGUUAUUCUCUCUAUCUUGCCAGUGGGCCGUUCAAAUUUUGUCAGGAUUCUUUGGACAAAGUGAAUAAAAUUGCAGUGACGAUAAGGUUAUGACACGGGCUGAUAGUUACUACUCCCUCCGUUCAUUUUUAUAAGUCGUUUCAGACAACUGAAAGUGAGCUGUUUUGCAAGCUGUCUGAAAUGUAUACAAUUCCUUAUAAAAGUGAACAGAGGGAGUAUGUCAGUUCGCACUGUUAUGCAUAACGAAGAGCGACUAGAAGUCCUGCCAGUGCUAACUUUGUUCUUGUUUAGUUUAAGUAAAUCUUUGUUCGUUUUUCUUGUGGUGGUCUCUAGAGCGCCAACUGGAUGUAACUUGAGUUAUCCCAUCGUGAACUGAUCAGCAAUCAGAAGUAACUUUCUUGCCGGUAGUCUCUAGAGCGUUGUGUCAUUUAAUGACUAGAAUGGUCUAAGUUAUCAUAUGCAGCUUAACAAUUGGGCCCCUGCAUAAAUCUAGUCACCACUCGUCUUUAAAACUCACGUACUAUUUUGAAUGACAGUUUUUUUUUCCAAAACAUAACUGAAUUAUAUACUCCAGAAGUUAGAGCAGCAUAUAGGGCAUUGAAUGAUUCAAUAGGGCAUGC